GCGAGCUUGGAUCCGUUACGGGAGUUUGUCGACAGUAAAACGUGCGGAGACAGGAUUUUAACAAAGGAGAUGUAAAUUUCCUUUUACCUUUAGCUCGAGUUUCACUCUCAACAGAAGAACAGUUGUGAAAGUGGAUAAAACGAAUUUGGGAUUAAAAAAAAAGAUUUUUCGUGACUUCAGAAACUGGUUGUUGGCUCUGUUCUUGCAGUUGCUGUUACAUCAUUUGUAGCGCGAAACCUCUUAAAAUGUCGCCGACUUUACUUUUUUGUGCAGUUUUUUGUUGCGUAACAGGUGUUUUAGUUUCUUACGCCCAAGAAUGUGGCCGACCGACGGUGGUGGAGAACAGGAUAGUGGGGGGGGUGGACGCCAUAGACGGGGCUUGGCCGUGGCAGGUGGAUAUUCAGACAGUCACUGCUGGUCAUAUCUGUGGAGGCUCCAUCAUCUCAGAGUCCUGGGUCCUCUCAGCCGCUCAUUGUUUCCCCAAUCCAUCUGAUGUGAGCUCCUACAUCAUCUACGCUGGCCGGUACCAGCUGAAUGGCUUCAACCCGCACCAGUCAACGCAUCGUGUGAGCCGGGUGGUAAUCCCGUCCGGUUACAGUGAGCCUCACAACGGGAAGGAUUUGGCGCUGGUGCAGCUGUCCACCCCAGUAACCUGGUCAGAUUAUAUCCGUCCCGUCUGCUUGCCCGCCUCUGGCACCCUGUUUCCAAGUGGCACGCAGUGCUACGUCACCGGCUGGGGGAACAUCCGGGAUGAUGUCCCUCUGCAAGGGGUCGGGACUCUGCAGGAAGUGCAGGUGCCAAUCAUCUCCCAGAGUUCAUGUCAGGAGAUGUACCAGACGAACCCGACGGAGCAGGUGGACAUCCUGUAUGACAUGAUCUGUGCUGGAUUCCAGAAGGGCGGCAAGGACUCCUGCCAGGGUGACUCAGGAGGGCCUCUUGUCUGCCCGAUGAUAAAUGGGAGCUGGGUGCAGGCUGGGGUGGUGAGUUUUGGACUGGGCUGCGCUCACACAAACCGGCCCGGUGUGUAUGCCAGAGUGACGAGCUUCUCGAGCUUCAUCAGCAACACAGUGCCAGGGAUCCGGCUGUACGGUCGAGCUAACCAGAACUGGUGUGGGAGUGCCGCCAUGUUGAUCAGCUGUCUGUCCUCUCUGCUGAUCCUGCUUCAGAGGUAGA